AAUGUUUAGCAGUUAUUUUAUGAUUUUGUGGACUAUAUUGUGGACUAUUGUUUGCCUUAACGUUUCGGGUAACAGUGCUCAGUAUGAGAACUUUGGUGGCUAUGAUAAUUUCCAAAGUUUCGAAAGUGUCCCGAUCGGCCUUCUCACCGACCAGAACACGGAGCAGAUGAACAUAGUCUUUGACCACGCCAUCGAAGUGGCCAACCAGGAGGUGGGCACCGCCUUGACUUCGCUGAAGGAGGAGGUCAACUACGGGGAUGCCUACCAGAGCUACGGCAAGUUGUGCAGGAUGGUUGAGACUGGCAUCGCGGGGGUCUUUGGGCCCUCGUCGCGGCACACGGCCGUCCACCUGAUGUCCAUCUGCGAUGCCAUGGAUAUACCCCACAUCUACUCCUACAUGAGCGAGUACGCGGAGGGCUUCAAUCUGCAUCCGCAUCCAACCGACCUGGCCAAGGCCCUCUACAACCUCAUCAUGGCCUUCAACUGGACUCGCUUCAUCUUCCUCUACGAAUCCGCCGAUUACCUGAACAUAUUGAACGAGCUGACCACGUUGUUUGGCAUGAAUGGACCCGUGGUCACGGUGCUGCGAUACGACAUGCAGCUGAAUGGCAACUACAAGCAGGUUCUCCGGCGGGUGCGGAAGUCCGUGGAUAAUCGAAUCGUGGUCGUGGGUUCCAGCGAGACGAUGCCAGAGUUCCUCAACCAGGCCCAGCAAGUGGGCAUAAUCAACGAGGACUACAAGUACAUUAUUGGCAACCUGGACUUUCACUCCUUUGACUUGGAGGAGUACAAGUACAGUGAGGCCAACAUAACUGGGCUGCGACUGUUUUCGCCGGAGAAGUUUGCCGUCAAGGAACUGCUCAUGAAGCUGGGCUACCCCACCGACCAGGAUGAGUUCCGAAACGGUUCCUGUCCCAUUACCGUGGAAAUGGCUUUAACCUACGAUGCUGUUCAGCUGUUCGCGCAGACCCUAAAGAAUCUGCCCUUCAAGCCAGUGCCUCAGAACUGCUCCCAGAGAACCGAAAGUGUUCGGGAUGAUGGGUCCUCCUUCAAGAACUACAUGCGAACGCUCCGACUCACGGAACAUUUGCUCACCGGGCCCAUCUACUUCGAGGGAAACGUCCGCAAGGGGUACCACCUGGAUGUCAUCGAGCUGCAGCCCUCGGGGAUCGUAAAAGUGGGUACCUGGGACGAGCACAGGAACUACACAGCCAGGCGACUGGCAUCAACCACCGCCAUCUACGAUAGCCUCGACAACUCGCUGGCAAACAAGACGUUCACUAUCCUGCUCUCGGUGCCAAACAAACCAUAUGCUCAGCUGGUGGAGACCUACAAGCAGAUGGAGGGCAAUAGCCAGUACGAGGGCUACGGUGUGGAUCUGAUCAGAGAACUGGCCGAUAAACUGGGCUUUAACUUUACCUUCGUCAACGGUGGCAAUGAUUAUGGAUCGUAUAAUAAAUCCACAAAUGAAUCUACGGGCAUGCUGAGGGAGAUAAUGAUUGGGCGCGCUGACUUGGCUAUCACGGAUUUGACCAUUACCUCGGAACGCGAACAGGCCAUAGAUUUUAGCAUACCCUUCAUGAAUUUGGGCAUUGCAAUUCUCUACUUGAAGCCCCAGAAAGCCGCUCCUGAGCUCUUCACCUUCAUGGAUCCCUUCUCCGAGGAGGUUUGGUGGUUCCUGGGCUUCUCCUUCGUGGGCGUGUCCUUAAGCUUCUUCAUUUUGGGUCGUCUGUCGCCGAGCGAGUGGGACAAUCCGUAUCCAUGCAUUGAGGAGCCAGAGGAACUGGAAAAUCAAUUCACUAUAGGCAACUCCAUUUGGUUCACAACUGGCGCCCUGCUUCAGCAGGGUUCCGAAAUCGGUCCCAAAGCCUUAUCCACUCGUACUGUGGCCAGUGUCUGGUGGUUUUUCACCCUACUCGUGGUGUCUUCCUACACCGCUAACUUGGCUGCCUUCUUGACCAUCGAGAAGCCGCAAAGUUUGAUCAACAGCGUCGACGAUCUGGCAGAAAACAAGGAUGGCGUGGUGUACGGAGCCAAGAGAACCGGAUCCACCAGAAACUUCUUUAUAACCUCUGAGGACGAGCGCUAUAAGAAGAUGAACAAGUUCAUGACCGAAAACCCCCAAUAUCUUACCGAAGACAACGUGGAGGGAGUAAAUCGAGUAAAGACCAACACUCACUAUGCAUUUCUAAUGGAGUCCACUUCGAUUGAGUACAAUAUCAAGAGAGAGUGCACUCUUAAUAAGAUAGGAGAUGCAUUAGACGAGAAAGGCUAUGGAAUAGCUAUGAGAAAGAAUUGGAUGCAUCGCGAAAAGUUCAAUCGCGCCCUGCUGGAGCUGCAGGAGCAGGGAGUGCUGGAGAAGAUGAAAAACAAGUGGUGGAACGAGGUGGGCUCAGGAAUAUGCGCUACCAAGGAUGAAACUCCAGACGCCACGCCCUUGGACAUGAACAACCUGGAGGGAGUGUUCUUCGUUCUCCUUGUCGGAAGUUGCUGCGCCCUGCUUUAUGGCAUUAUUAGUUGGGUCUUGUUUGUGAUGAAGAAAGCUCGACACUACCGGGUGCCGCUGCGCGACGCUCUUAAAGAGGAGUUCCAGUUCGUUAUCGAUUUUAAUAACUAUGUACGGGUGCUGAAAAACUCCGCCUCCAUCUACUCCCGCAGCCGUCAAUCCUCCAUGUCGGUAGCUUCUGUGGUCCAGGAAUCGCAAUAACGUUCCGUAUGAUUUUUAAUUCUUUGAGAGAAAGUUGCAUUAUUUGACUUGCCUUCUAAAAUACAAUUUAAAAUUUUUUCAAGCUUAA